UUUUUUAAGAAAAACAUUAGUUACGAACUGAUCGAGCUAGUUUGACGUUGAUGAAGUAUAUUCAAAGUUGAAUACUAUACGAGUAUUCAAGUUGAAUAUUUUUUUGUUACCGAAAGCUCUAUUAUUGCACAACUAUGGAAUGGAAAAUAAUCACCAUGGCUAUAAUCCUGUUUCAGGUUUCAUGUGUUUCGCCAGCAGUAAUACCAGAGGAAUAUAAUAGUCAACUCCAUAGUCUACAUGAAGAAAUCGUAACAGAAAUCACAGAAUUUUCUCUAAUUUUAGUUAACGGCAAAGAUAGGUUGAAAUCAAUUGUCUACGGAGCUAAAGAAUCACUUGAGUCUGAAUUAGAACAACUCAAACAAUACAUGAGAGAAACCAAGGUGGAUGCAGCAGAUGAAAAUAAAGAUAUUUCUAGUUGCUUAGAUGAAAAUGUUUUAGAUACGAUAGACAUAAGUAACAUAGAUAUUUGUGAUCAAAUACCUUUCACACAACGCAUUGAAGGUAUGGCCAACGAUUUAGAUAUCAGACAAAAAGAGUUUUAUUCGGAUAUGAACAGUUGUACGAAAGAAAAAACUGAAGAAGGUACAAAUGACUGUUUGGAUGGGAAAAUAGACGAAUGGAAAAGAAAUCUCAAAUCGUGUAAACUUUUGGAAACAACUUUGCUGGAAACUGCAUACGAAUUAAGUUUGCGAUGUACGGAGAUAAGUUUAAAUCAGAUCGAUAAAAAUAUUAUUUUCAUAGCCAGAAAUUUCACCAGCUGUGUAGAUGAAAUUCUAGAAUAUUAAAAUUAUCACUAUUUACGAAUGUACCUGGCUGUGUGAUAUUUAUUAUAAAAAUAAAGGACAGCGUACGCAUCAGAAAAUGUAAUGCGACAAAAUGUAGAUAAUAAUUGCGCCAACUCUGAAUUUUUAUCAAUGACGGCGUAAAUUGAUAUAAAAAAAAUUUAAAGUCAAAUGGGUAGGUACAUAAGAUAGAGAGAGAAAAAAAGAUUUUGUGAGAAGGGACUUCAUAAGUAUUUCUGUAGGCAUUAAUGACUCUUAUCUUAUAGAUAAUAAAUGACAAUGCAUUUCCAGUGAAGCAACGCAUAAUAAGGGUCAGCCAUCCCGCUUUGUUAAGCAAUUGUCAUAGCAAUAAUAUAAUUUAGUCCAAUAGUAUUAUUUAUCAAUAGGACAUUUUUAUGGAGUUAUUAUUAAUCAAAAUUCCGAGUUAGCGCAAUGAUAUAAAAUGAUUUUAAUUUCAAGACUAAUCUAUUCAUGUAAAUUAUAAUUCAUUAUAAUAUUUAAAUGACAUUAAAUUUUUCAUAAGA